AUGGCGGGCCAGCUUAGGGGACAGAAGAAUCAAAUGUUGGUUCUGGCGGGAACUUCUCACCCAGAACUUGCACAAUUGAUUGCGAGCAAACUUGGCGUACGACUUGGAGAGAUUGUUGUCUGCCACAAGCCUAACAGAGAGACGGUUGUCGAAAUCAAGGAGUCAGUCCGAGGCAAGGAUAUAUACAUCAUCCAGACAGGAACCAAAAAUGUCAACAAUGACAUCAUGGAGUUGAUGAUCAUUGCGUAUGCAUGUCGGACUAGUUCAGCCAGCAAUGUCAUUGGGGUCAUUCCAUACUUGCCCUACUCCAAACAGAGUAAAAUGAGAAAGCGUGGUUGUAUCGUUGGCAAGCUGAUAGCCACCAUGCUGGGCAAAGCAGGCUUCUCGCACGUGAUCACAAUGGACCUUCACCAGAAGGAAGUUCAAGGCUUUUUUGAUAUUCCAGUAGACAACCUUCGGGCUUCAGCUUUCCUGAUAGACUACAUACAGACCUCAUUGCCUGACUACAGAAACGCUGUCAUCGUGGCUAGAAACCCAAACUCUGUCAAGAGAGCAACUUCCUACGCUGAACGUCUUCGCCUGGGGAUAGCCGUGAUUCAUGGCGAGGAAAGGUUGCCUGAGAAUGAGGAGGAUGAUGGCAGGACCUCUCCUCCAGCUCCUGAGGAGCUGCAGAACUCUAACCCCUUUGGAUUGGAGUUGAUGCCAAUUGCUGCCAAAGAAAAGCCCCCAUUCAAUGUGGUUGGGGAUGUCGGAGGCAGGAUUGCCAUCAUUGUGGAUGACAUGAUAGACGAUGUCCUUGCUUUUGUGAAAGUUGCUGAAAUUUUAAAGGAAAGAGGAGCUUAUAAAGUGCUAGUGAUUGCAACACAUGGCAUUUUAUCCAUGGACGCACCAAGACUAAUUGAGGAUUCAAAUAUUGAUGAGGUUGUGGUGACCAACACUAUUCCUCACGAGAUUCAGAAGAUGCAGUGCCACAAGAUUAAGACUGUGGAUAUCAGUGUUCUCUUGUGUGAAGCCAUCAGGCGCAUCCACAACAAUGAGUCCAUGUCUUACCUGUUCCGAAAUGUUGGCUUGGAUGACUGA